AUGGCUUUCCGACCGUUGAUUGCGAUUUGUGGCACAACUGGCGUCGGAAAGUCCAAGCUUGCGAUUGAAAUUGCCCACACACUUUCCUCAACAGCGUCAGAAAUUAAAACUUCUUGGACUGGGGCUAAAAUCAUCAAUGCAGAUGCUAUGCAAGUCUAUGCCGGGAUGGAUAUCCUCACGAACAAAGUCCCUCUGGCAGAGAGACAAGGGAUAGAUCACCUUCUUAUGGGCUUCAAGUUACCCACCGAACAGUAUGUUGUUGGAGAAUGGGUCCGGGAUGCUUUGAACGCGGUCCAGGAAGCUCAUACUCAGAAUCAAGUUCCCAUUGUCGUUGGUGGAACCUCUUAUUGGAUCCAACAUUUGUUGUUUCCUGACCGUUUGGUUCGGGAUAUGACCUCGAUCCCAGCGUCUGACCAAACAGACAUACAUCCUUCCUCCUCAGUCUCGAUAUCCGACGAUAUGGCAAAAGCAAUCACCUCUUUGGCACCUGAUCUGCUUGACCUCUUUCACUCUCUCCCGGACUCCGCCCCGAGUGCAGACGCAGAUCCCGAAGCUGCGUAUGCUCUCUACAACUUAUUGAAAGUGCUCGAUGUGGCUGUUGCCGAACGUUGGCAUUGGAAGGACUCCCGAAAGGUGCUACGUAGCUUACGGAUCAUACAAGAUACAGGACGAAGACCUAGCGAGAUGAUAGAGCAGCAGUCUCAGAACCGUGUUAAACCACGGUUCAAUACACUUUGUUUCUGGGUCUAUGCAAAGCCCGACAUAUUGAAACCCAGGUUGGAUUCGCGAGUUGAUAUGAUGGUUAAACAAGGAUUAUUGGAUGAGGUCCGCGUACUGCAAAAACUGACCGCUUCUGCUCCCGAAGGGAAAAGUGGUUCGGAUUAUACAUUCGGAAUGUUUCAAUCAAUUGGAUACCGAGAAUUACACCGUUACUUGACACUAUCAAGCCCGACCGACCGUGAUUUCGAUAACGCGUUGAACAGAAUGAAAAUAUCUACUCGUCAGUACGCGAAAUCGCAGACUUCUUGGCUUCGCAAUAAAUUGUUGCCUGCUCUAUACAAUUCUAACAUGGAUUGCGAUGAGAAGAACAAGUCGCGUACUUACCUUUUGGAUGCAACAGAACUCGGAGACAAGUGGGAAACCAAUGUCCGUCGACCCGCCAUAAACAUAACGCAAGGCUUCUUGAAUGACGAUCCUCUACCUGACCCUCUCUCUUUAUCAGAGGCUGCAAAUAUGAUGCUUCAAAUUGAACAAAAAGCAACUGAUCCCAAGGAGGUCCUUAAAGCUCGAAGGAAGGUUCACUGCGAUGUUUGCACUAUGGACCCAGACCAACCGGUUAUGGUGGAGGCAGGAAAGGAAUGGGACCUACAUCUCAAGACUCGUGCACACCGUCGGAGAGCCAACAAGAAAGACCAAUCAAGCCGCAUUCAAUUUCAUAGGGAAAAUUCCAAAGAACGAGAUUCCAAUUGCACUACCAAUAGUUCGGAGUCUGAGAUUGAUGUGUCCACCGAUGUUUUGACACGUUAG